AUCUACCUCGUCCCAUCAAGGGUGUUGGUGCCCUUAUGCCUUACUGCCGAUUUAUUGCCAUGUUUCCCAAUAAUGAUAAUAUUAAUUGGUGGUAUCCAUAUUCAGGACAAGAGUCAGUUGACAUAUUCAAGUUUCUAGCCAAGGGGUUCACUUUCCAUCGAAUACUUUCAAGAUCAACCUCCAUCCGAUAUUGCUUAAGAAAGUCCUUACGGGAAACUCGUCAAGAUAUCACCGACCAUAGAAAUUCAAUCAAACAACGAAUUCUAUCAAUUGUACAUGGAAUGGAGUCAAAUUUUCUCCGCUGUCUAGAAAUAGACGGUAGUUGGAAGAAUUACUAUCUUGUGAUAUCAACCAUAUAUAUUGUGGUGGUAGUGUUACAAAUUGCCAAAACACUGACAGUGAUUGCAGUGUUGGGAAGAUGUGUAUUUGCCCCGUUAACUGUAUGUGCUUUUCUUUUUAAUAAAUUGUACCAAAUGAUGUCAUCCAUUGAUAUUGUGGAAAAAUUCUUAAGAAAUCAACAAACUCUUGUACCUACUCGGUAUUCAUACACUGACAUCAUCACCAUGACCAGUCACUUCAAAGAGAAACUAGGCCAAGGAGGAUUUGGUUCUGUCUUCAAAGGCAGACUUUCUUGGGACAAACUUGUUGCUGUUAAGAUGUUGACAAAUUCUAAACACAACGCGGGUGAAGAUUUCAUUAAUGAAGUUUCGACUAUUGGCAUGGUUCACCAUAUAAAUGUGGUGAAACUAAUUGGUUUUUGUUCAGAUGGCAUGCAGAGAGCUCUAAUAUAUGAGUACAUGCCUAAUGGUUCUCUUGAUAAGUUUAUUUUCUCAUCUAAUAAUGGCCCCAACCACAAAUUCUCUCUAGACAAACUAAUUGAAAUUGCAUUAGGAGUUGCUCGAGGACUUGAUUAUCUCCACAAAGGAUGCGAUAUGCAAAUUCUGCAUUUUGACAUCAAAUCGCAUAACAUUCUAUUAGACCAUAACUUCAAUCCAAAGCUUUCUGAUUUCGGCCUCGCAAAACAAUAUCCAAAGAACAACAAUUUGGUAUCAGUCAGUGUUGCAAGAGGAACUAUAGGAUAUAUUGCUCCGGAGCUGAUUUCGAGAAGUUUUGGUGUUAUCUCUCACAAGUGUGAUGUUUAUAGUUUUGGUAUGCUACUUUUAGAAAUGACUGGUGGGAGAAAGAAUGCAGAUCUAAAAGCAGAGAAUACAAGUCAAGUUUAUUAUCCUUCAUGGAUUUAUGAUAAACUUGUUAAUCAUACAGUUGAUCAUGACAUGGUAGAAAUUGAUGCAAGUUUUGUGAUUGAUGAAAGAGAAAAGAAGUUAUGCAUAAUAGGUUUGUGGUGUAUACAGAUAAGGCCAUCAGAUCGGCCCUCCAUGAACAAAGUGAUAGAGAUGUUAGAAGGGGAUGUUGAUAGCCUACAAAUGCCACCAAAACCAUUUUUUUCAGAACCAACUCAAAUACCUUCAAAGGUGUCAUGCUUAAGCACUGAUGAUGGAGAAUUAACGACCAUCUCUGAAGAUGCUAAUGAGAUAAAUUAUUGAGAUUUUGUUGUAUUAUAUGGUCAAUAGUGUUUUGUGAUCUUAUAAAAAAAUAUUAUGAUAUGUAU